CACGAAAGGAUCGGCGACAGAGUUUUGAAAGCAGGACCGAGAGCAUCGAGAGCGGAGCGCAGAGAAGGGGGCUCAGAGGAAAUCGAGCAGAAGAAGUAGAAAUAGCAGCGAUCGCCAUCGGAAUCGGAAUCGAUCCCUUCGGUGGCCCGAAUUCUCCCCGGUUCCCGUAACCCCGCUCGAUCGCUCCAUUGGUUAUCGUUCCGGAACCUUCCAGAGCCCCUCCCACUUCCGCUCCGACACCCGCCACCGCCGCCGCCGGCGAUCCAGGUCAAUGGAUAUGUACGGACGCGACCCCGCCCCGGGUGGCGCCCGCCCCGAUCCUGACACCGGCCUCGAAGAGUCCAUGUGGAGGUUGGGCUUUGGAGGUGGCGGCGAUGCGCAUUACCCGGAGAGGCCCGGCGAGCCGGACUGUGCCUACUACAUGCGUACCGGAACGUGCAGUUACGGGGAGAAGUGCCGCUACAAUCAUCCCCGUGAUCGUGGAUCAUUGACUGGAGCAGGAAGGACAGGAGCUGUGGAGUAUCCAGAGCGAGUUGGUCAGCCUGUAUGUGAGUACUAUAUGAGGACUGGGAGUUGCAAAUUUGGUUCCAGUUGCAAGUAUGACCACCCUAGACAAGGAGGUGGAUCUGCACAACCAGUCUCACUUAAUUACUAUGGAUAUCCACUACGACCGGGUGAAAAAGAGUGUGGCUACUACAUGAAGACUGGGCAAUGCAAGUUUGGUUCUACCUGUAAAUUCCAUCACCCGCAACCUGGUGGGGCCUCUGUGCCCUCUGCCUCUGCACCUGCAUUCUAUCCGUCGGUGCAGCAUCCAUCAGUUCCUUCAUCUCAUCAGUAUCCACCUUACGCUGGUUGGCAAGUUGCAAGACCUUCAGUGAUGCCUGGGUCAUAUUUGCAAGGGUCUUAUGCUCCUAUGCUGCUCUCUCAUGGAGUCGUUCCAGUUCAGAGCUGGAGCCCUUAUCCGGCAUCUGUAAACCCUGUUUUGUCACCUGCUGGUCAGCAAACAAUUCAAGCGGAACCAAUUUAUGGAUUAGAGAACCAGGCAUCUUCGAUCAAUCCAGCUUUGCCUGUACCGCAAAUGCCUUCUCUGUCACCAGCGGGACCUUCAAGCACCAACCAGAGGGGGAACAUUUUUCCUGAGAGACCUGGGCAACCUGAAUGUCAGUUCUUCAUGAAGACAGGGGAUUGUAAAUUUGGAGCCAAGUGUAAAUACCAUCAUCCACCAGGUCGGAGAAUGCCAAUGACAAAUGUUGUUCUUAAUGUUCUUGGUCUCCCUCUUCGUCCGGGAGCUCAACCUUGCACUUACUACAUGCAGCAUGGAUUAUGCAAGUUUGGGCAGACAUGCAAAUUUGACCAUCCGGUGGCAACUAUUAGCUACAGUCCUUCUGCAUCGUCUCUCUCUGAUAUGCCAGUUGCCCCUUACCCUAUCGGAUCAUCUGUUGCCACCUUGGCCCCAUCCUCAUCAUCCUCAGAGCUACAACCUGAAUUCAUUUCUACCAAAGAGCAUUUCUCUUCUAGGAUGCCGCCUGAGAACAGAUCUAGCAGCUCCAUUGGUUCAAUCUUUUCAACAGGGGGUUUUCUUCCCCACUCAUUUAUCCAACCUCAAACCUCUACUUCAAGAAGCAGCAGCAGCAGCAGCCCAGUUCCUGGUAAUGAUAUCUCUGGUUCAAGAUGAGAAUCUUGAUCAGAUUCUUGUUCAAAGUAAGACAAACAGCUCAUUCUUCAUUGGUCCUGAGACAAGUGGCAAUGCAGCAUAUGCAUGCCUUACUUUUGCACUCAAUCAAGAUUCCAAUUUUUUCAUGUUGCAGAACUCUCAGGAUCUCAUCUAGGUGUUCCCACUUCUGAGAUCUUUUUACUCUUGUUCACACAGUACCUUAGACCAACUUUCUACACAAUAAGCUAUGGCCAACAUGGUAUAGCAAAUCCUAUAGUAUUCAAUCUCUUCUUGUUCCCUUAAUAAAAGGAGCCCUUCAGCAACACUAGAAAAGCCAAACAGUUCUACCUAGAAUUAUCAAUUCCAGCUUUGAUAACUUCAUAUCAGAAUUGAUCGCAAGCUUCAUGGCUUGUGUCUUCCCCUGCUUCACUUUUAUUUAUCAUCUCAUUUCUUGUAUGCAUACCGUGCAUAAUUCUCUGAAUAGCAGGCUAUCGGAUUCUAGUUACUGAACUAAUCUGCAAAUGUAAAGGCUGCUGGAUUUUGCAUCAACCAGUUGUCCAACUUGUCACUGUAUCUUCUCAUAGUUUCUCUGAACAGAAUAUUGAAGACCCAAGUGUAAUUUUAUGAUCAGACCAUUCUGAGACAAGGUACACUACUGUUGUGAGACACUGGACACUUUUUAAGUUAAUUGUUUUUAUCAAAGAAUUUAUUACAUUUUCAGUUCA